AUGUCAGACCCGGCGGCGGCGCAGGGCCUCCAACCCCGGCUUCUACAAGCCCAGGCGACUGGGUCAGCUGGGUCCAGUACCGCCGCCACAGGCUCCGGGUCAGGGAGUAGCGAUCCGGCCAGACCGGGACUGAGCCAGCAGCAGCGUGCGAGCCAGAAGAAAGCCCAAGUUAGAGCUUUUCCACGGGCGAAAAAGCUCGAGAAACUUGGCGUAUUCUCCGCAUGCAAGGCUAGUGAUACAUGCAAGUGCAAUGGAUGGAAAAACCCAAAUCCACCAACAGCCACUCGUAUGGACCUGCAGCCGCAAGCAGCCAGCCUGAGCGAGCCUUGCCGCAGCUGUGGACAUGCUCUGGCUGAUCAUGUUUCCCACCUGGAGAAUGUCUCCGAGGAUGAGAUUAACAGGCUGUUGGGGAUGGUGGUGGAUGUUGAGAACCUCUUUAUGUCUGUGCACAAAGAGGAAGACACUGAUACCAAACAGGUCUACUUUUACCUAUUCAAGCUACUGAGGAAAUGCAUCCUGCAGAUGAGCCAGCCGGUUGUAGAGGGAUCCCUCGGAAGUCCACCCUUUGAAAAGCCCAACAUCGAGCAGGGGGUUUUGAAUUUUGUUCAGUACAAGUUCAGCCACCUGGCACCAAAGGAGAGGCAGACCAUGUUUGAGCUGUCAAAAAUGUUCCUCUUGUGCCUAAAUUACUGGAAGCUGGAGACACCAACGCAGUAUCGCCAGCGCACCCAGAAAGAUGACGGGACAGCGUACAAAGUGGACUACACCAGGUGGCUGUGCUACUGUCAUGUCCCUCAGAGUAAUGACAGCCUACCGCGCUAUGAAACCACUCAAGUGUUUGGUCGUAGCUUGCUAAAGUCCAUCUUCACUGUGACGCGACGCCAGCUCCUGGAGAAAUUCAGAGUGGAGAAGGAUAAACUGUUGCCAGAAAAACGCACGCUCAUCCUUACACACUUCCCCAAGUUUUUGUCCAUGUUGGAGGAGGAAAUCUAUGGUGAGAAUUCACCCAUUUGGGAGGCGGACUUCACCAUGCCUGCCUCUGACGGCACACAGCUGGGACAUCAGACAGUGAUCAGUCCUGCUGCAGUGUCCGGCUCCCCCGCUCUGUCCAAGGGUCUGAGCAGUGGCUCCUCUCUGGGCAGUUUGGACGCUGGAGGUGCAGAGCCCAUCCCAGGAGAGAAACGUAAACUUCCAGAGGCGCUGACACUGGAAGAUGCCAAGCGGAUCCGUGUGAUGGGAGACAUUCCUAUGGAGCUGGUCAAUGAAGUCAUGAUGACAAUCACUGACCCUGCUGCCAUGCUCGGACCAGAGACUAAUCUGCUGACUCCAAACGCUGCUCGUGAUGAGACUGCCAGGCUGGAGGAGAGGCGAGGCAUCAUAGAGUUUCACGUCAUCGGAAACUCUCUUUCCCAAAAGUCCAACAAAAAGAUCUUGAUGUGGCUGGUUGGCUUGCAGAAUGUCUUCUCUCAUCAAUUACCUCGCAUGCCCAAAGAGUACAUCACACGGCUGGUGUUUGACCCGAAGCACAAGACCCUAGCCCUUAUCAAGGACGGCCGGGUCAUCGGAGGCAUCUGUUUUAGGAUGUUUCCCACUCAGGGCUUCACGGAGAUUGUCUUCUGUGCCGUCACAUCCAAUGAGCAAGUUAAGGGCUAUGGUACCCACCUGAUGAACCACCUGAAGGAGUACCACAUCAAACACAACAUCCUCUAUUUCCUCACUUACGCUGACGAGUACGCCAUCGGCUACUUCAAGAAACAGGGCUUUUCCAAAGACAUCAAAGUGCCGAAGAGUCGUUACCUCGGAUAUAUCAAAGACUACGAAGGAGCGACUCUCAUGGAGUGCGAGCUGAACCCCAGAAUCCCCUACACUGAGCUGUCUCAUAUCAUUAAAAGGCAGAAAGAGAUCAUAAAGAAGCUGAUUGAGAGGAAACAGACCCAGAUCAGAAAGGUUUACCCAGGUCUCACUUGCUUCAAAGAAGGUGUGCGACAGAUCCCUGUGGAGAGUAUUCCAGGCAUAAGAGAGACAGGCUGGAAACCUAGUAACAAGGAAAAAGGAAAAGAGGUGAAGGACCCUGAUGUGUUAUACAACAUGCUGAAGAACCUCCUGGCUCAGAUAAAGACCCACCCUGACGCCUGGCCAUUCAUGGAACCAGUGAAGAAAUCCGAAGCUCCAGAUUACUACGAGAUCAUCCGCUUUCCCAUCGACCUGAAGACCAUGACAGAGAGACUGAAGAACAGAUACUAUGUGACCAAGAAGCUUUUUAUUGCUGACCUGCAGCGUAUCAUCACCAACUGUCGCGAGUACAACCCUCCAGACAGCGAGUAUUGCAAGUGUGCCAACACCUUGGAGAAGUUCUUCUACUUCAAAUUAAAAGAUGGAGGCCUGAUUGAAAAAUGAACUCGGCCACCAAAAUAUUUACAGAUUUCCCAAUGGAUGUGGAUCAAUUCUCACCGCUGCCACAUAGCAAGGUGGAGCAGGUCACGAGGAAACCAUCGCUAGUUAUUGUCAUAUGAGUUAAUAAAAGGGUAUGUACACGACUGACAGAUUUUACAAGGGAAUUGUUGGACUCUAACAAACAUAGCAGACGGUUGUUUGGAAAUAUCAGAGCCUGUUAAGUUCAAUGUAAAAGUGUCAAAAUGGCAUUACUUUUCCCCUUAAAGUAAUCCUGUCUUUUUCUUUUCUUUUCCAGUACUCACAGGGGGUUAAUAAUCUUAUUAUACCUGUUUCAUUACGUGUACCAAAGUUAUAGGUCCAACUUAAAACGAUGCCACUCCUCCACCCUUAUCUAUAUGGGUGUCAUUCAAUGACAUUAUUUCAUUCCAGUUUUGUCCUGCUUAAAACUCGUCACUCAUACAGAAGUACUGUAUAUGUACUGUAGAGUUCCUUCACAGAAAACUGGACCUCGGGACCUAAAGCCACGUUGCCUUCCGUUACUGACAGACACUUGAACAUCCCAGCCAUUUUCAUGGGUAUAAAGAUAGACGUACUUUGAAAUAUGGGCAGUACUUUGACUGUUGAGUAGCCCUGACACAAAAUAACUGACUGAUUAGUUGAUUGACAAUCGAUUGAAAAUUAAUCGAAGACAGUUGCAUUAAUUGGUCAAUCAUUUAAGCCGUUUAUCUGCGCAAAUACCAAACAUUUGCUCAUUGAAAUGUAAGGAUUUGCGCCUUUAAUUCCAUUGUAUAUAUUUUUUGACUGUCAGGAUAAAAAGGCAAAUAUAAAGUAUUAUUGAUUAUUGGGCGUGGGUAACAUUAUUCUCUUAUUCUAAACACGUAAUUGGUUAAUAAAGAAUUCUCACAGAUUAAUCAGUAAUAUCAGCCCUACUCUUUCUGGAGUAGUUUGAGACACUGCCAGGCUGCUAGUGAUGGACAGGGCUCAUGUGCUAAACAAAAUAAAUUCCCUUGAUCGUUGCCUUCAAGGAAACAGUUGUUUUCAUGUGGACAACAACAGAAUAUAUGCUUAUUUAUACAGUAAAUGGGACACAUAUUGUUUAUGCACCAUUUUCCACUGGCAGGGUUUUAUUCCAGACCAUUUAGUAUGAGGUCUCACGUUAGUAUACCUUUUACCAUGCUUGCAGGUGACACUGUAGUAGUUGGCAUUGAAUUGUUCUGUUAAUAGACUCUAGUAUAGUCGCCGUCACACAUAUGCUAAUUAGUCCUAUUUACUGUACAGCCACAUGUUUGUGGUGGUCACAGGUUUACUGGAUAGUUUAUGUUAAGAGUUAAACAGAGAGGGGGAGAAGCUAACCAUCAGUUCACACAGUCAUUCUGGGCUUUUGUUCGUCAGUCGAAGAAGAGAAUUCUGGUUUAUUUAUCGCAACAUACACAAGCUGUAGUGGCUGUUAAUGCAUGGCAGAUAGUUUACAAUUUGCAUUCAUAAAAACCAUCCAACUUUUGUUCAUUUAUGGAAACUGAUAUUGCAGGUUGUUUUUUUUUACAGUGCUACAAACGUAAUGAAAUGUUUGAAACAUUUCUUUGUUCAACGGUCAGUAUCACAUGGAGGGCGUCCUGAGAUGCAUCCAUAUUUACUGUCCAAUGCCGGUUGAGCCUGCUUGUUUGUUCCACUGACGUGAGUGUAUGUGUGUGUGAGUGUGUUUAUUUUGUACUUGAAUCAUGACUAGCUUUGAAUUACUAAAGUGAUGUCAGUGUUGCAUUAUUCAGGGUUGUCAAUUGUGUACUUCUCCCUCAAUCUACCUAUGCUGCAUUUCAGAUUUUCUUAAAGGUCAGUCUGUUUGAGGAUGGCUACUGUCUCUAGUUAUGGUAUAAAUGCCAAUUACUGUAACUGUAAUACUGUUCAUGACAAUAAAGUUUUUUUUUUA